GUUUUGCCCUCGCAGGUUCGAAUCAAGCUGCACACGCUUCAAACUUCAAUUUUCCUCUUUUUCUUUUUUUAAUCUCCGAUUUUCUCUCUCCGAUCGUCUCAGAUUUCAGCUCCUGGAGCGGUUUCGUCCUUCGGUCAGUUAUGACCAACGAAAACGGUUCUGGUGCAAGUGGAAGUUGAGUACGGUUCUUGUGCUUUUGGUCUCCCCUCGGCUGGGAUUUGGAGGGAUCUGUCGACAGAGCUCCACAAUCUCUGCAGUCUGAUGCCAUCAUAAACCCAAACCCUUUGCAACUUUCUACAUUUUGCUCAAUUUUAAUGGCAUCAACUAGCAAAAUGCCUAGCACUUCUGAGGAUGAUCUAGAAGAGGAGUUUGAACAUUUUGAUGAUUUCACCCUUGCCUCUUCUUGGGAAAGGUUCAUUUCUGAGAUAGAGGCAGUAUGCAGGAAAUGGUUGGCUGAUGGCACGAAGAAUUUGUUGAAAAAGGACGCUAUCUGCUUGAAUAUCUCUGAGGGCCUAUAUAAAGCUGACCUGAAGUAUGAGAUGAAAAGCUAUUGCAUGGAGUACUAUUUUGGAACAGUUAAUGAUGUUGUGCCAGGAAAAGGAAAUGACUGGAGUUGUGUACUGCAUGAUCUGCAGCUGUUUUUUGGGGUGAAUGAGUUCCUGGUGAUUGCUCCUCAAAGUGCCAGUGGUGUGGUUCUUGAUGGACCAGAGGCCAGCAAACUUCUAAGUGCAGUUGCUAUUGCCUUGUCCAACUGUUCCAGUUUGUGGCCAGCAUUCGUUCCAGUGCAUGAUCCUUCUCGUAAAGCUUACAUUGGUAUUCAGAAUAUGGGAACCCUUUUCACCAGGCGAUUUGAGGCUGACCGUAUAGGUAGCCAAGUGCCGGUGAAGCUUAUGCAUUUGGAGGGAUUGUAUGAGCUAUUUGUUUCUAAAUUUGCCUUCUCCACUGAGGACUUAUCUACGCAUCUUUUCGAAGUGAGUUUCAAGAUGAAGCUGACCUAUUGUACACUUCCCUACGAUGAGGAUGAUGAUGUACAAGAACCUGAGGCAGGGAGUACAGAAUCUGGUGGGAGUCCCAAAAGCAAUCAUCACAAUAAAUCACAGUGGGAUGAUGAUUGUCCUUGGAGUGAAUGGUACUCGUCAGAGGACCCAGUAAGAGGGUUUGAGUUGAUUGCGGUGUGGUCUGAGAAAGCAUUUGAAAGUUCACUUGAUAUGGCUGAGUUGGAAAAUGCUUCACCUCUUGAAGCUGAUGACUGGUUGAUAUCUCCAUGUUUGUCUGAGACUCUCACUGAGGAUUCUGAUGGAAAGAGGAUUGGAUUUGCAUCACAGUUGCGGCUUCUUGUUGAUGCUCUGGAAAUGUCAAUGGAAGCAAAAUUUAUAGAAGAUUUUGUUUCAGAGCAUUCAGGACCUGAGACUGUGAAGUCUAGUGCAGUCAUACCUCCUCCAACUGUCCUUGAUCGUGUGCUCAAAGACCUUUUUCAUGAGGUUGAAGGCCUGCAACUUGGUUUUUCUGAUGGAGAUCAUAAAGAUUCCCGCACCAUUAAAGGUGCCCCUCUUGAGUCACUGUUUGGGCAGUUCUGUCUGCAUGCUCUGUGGUUUGGUGAUUGCAAUAUACGUGCUAUUGCUAUAUUCUGGAUAGAGUUCGUACGGGAAGUUCGCUGGUGUUGGGAAGAGUCACAGCCAGUACCUAGAAUGCCAUCUAAUUGUGUAAUUGAUCUAUCUACCUGCCUGAUUAACCAGAAACUACACAUGCUUUCAAUUUGCAUUAAUAAAAAGCGUCAGCAGGAGCAAGAGAGUCCAAAGGGCGGUGAACAAAGUUUUUUUCCUGCUCAUGUUAAGGAAGAGACUCAGGUCAAACGUUGUUUAUCUCCUCAUGAUGGAAAGACUCAGACUUCUUCUGGAGAACGUGAAAGUCUAUCAAGACCAGAUGGUCUAAAAGAUUCUGUGGGUCAUAUUUCUAAUUCUGGACAUUCUGAUACUGUGAAAUUGGGUGAUGCUAAGCCUUCAUCAUGUAUUAGGAGGGGAUCAGCUGGUGUUGUGGGUUCUAUGAUGCUUUUGGAAUCUCAACAGAACAUGCAUGCUCCAUUUACACAGGAGCCGCCGGUUAUGACCGAAGAUAUGCAUGAAGAACGUCUACAAGCUGUUGAAGCAUUAGGUGAUUCUUUUAGCUUUUCGGCUCAACUGGAGAAAGACAUUUUAUCAUCAGAUAUGUCUGCAUUUAAAGCCGCAAAUCCAGAUGCUGUUUUUGAAGAUUUCAUCCGAUGGCAUUCACCUAGAGACUGGGAGAACAAUGAUAAUAUGGACAGUGGAGGAUCUCACGAUAAUGCAAUCAAAGGGUUAACGGUUGAGUGGCCCCCUCGAGGAAAGCUUUCAGAAAGAAUGUCUGAGUUUGGCAAUUCGUGGAGAAAGAUUUGGAAUGAGGCACCUCCUUUGCCCGCUUCUGAACAGAAGCCUCUCUUGGAUCCAAAUCGAGAAGGAGAAAAGGUUCUUCACUAUUUGGAAACACUGCGGCCGUGUCAACUACUGGAACAAAUGGUUUGUACUGCUUUUAGGGCAGCUGCAGACACACUAAACAGAACAACAUUUGGUGGUUUAAAGCAGCUGACAACCAAAAUUGGACAACUUAACCUCACUAUGGCAGCCACUCUCAGAUGCUUGCAAACAAGUAAUCUUUCUAUUGACACUGAAGAUAUUCAAGACUUGAAGCGGCUUUGUGAAAUAUUUGAACAUGUCGAGAAGUUGAUAACACUUGCUGCAUCGCUUUAUACCAAGUUCAUGAAUGCACCACGUCUAUUAGAAUCAAUUUUCAAUGACUGCUACAACUUUUAUGCACCAAGAAUGGGAACAGUCUCAACUGCCAGUGAAGUAAAAAAGGAUUUCGAAAAGAAACAAAAAGUUGGACGACGUGAAAGGGAGAUAGUGGCAAGCAUGUUCACAACUCCCACCGCUAACCAAUCAUGGAGGAAAGUGUUGAGCCUGGGAAAUCUUCUAAAUGGCCAUGAACCAACCUUGAGAGAGAUCAUAUUCACCAAGCAUGGUCACCUUAGUGAGAAUUACUAUGGUGGUCAUGCUCCCAGGGGUUAUCAACAUGAGUUAGAAACAUACAGAAUGUACAUAAGCGGAACCUCAAAUGAUCUUAGUGUAGCACUAGCAGUUGCCUCUUGCGAUUAGACAUUUCAAGAAAAGGAACCAUGUAAUAUAUAGUCAUUUUUUACCCACCAACGGAUCAGUAGUGAUUUUUUAUUUAACCCACUGUGACUCGAUCCUUGACCAACUAAUGAAGUGGAGACAUCCCUCUGCUAAGCCAACCAAUGUAGGAAGAUUAUAUUUGCAUAACAUGGACAUGCCAUGUUGGAAUAAGUCUCACAUUGUCACAUGUUUUCCCCCCUCUUCGAAUUAGCUAUGUUCUUAUUCUCUC